AUGCCAGCCGACGUCAACAGGCGCAAUUUCUUCGGUAUUGGAGAGAUACUGGGUGUGCUCGCUAAUCCCUCGGAAACGCUCCGUUCGCUCACAGAAUCGAAGAAAAUGUUAGCAGAGGCUAGGCAGGAGUUGGCUGAAGCACGAGAACGUGCUCAGUUGAGCCCCACGCACACGUUCUCGCCGCUACCCGGUUUCUUCGAUAGGCCCGCUGAGCUUAAGGCUAUAGAGCGCGCACUACAGGGAGAACCUAGUUUUACUGUGCUCUUCGGUGCGAGCAGUGUUGGAAAGACAGCCCUUUUACGCCAAGUCCUUACCCGUUCAAAGUAUCACGUUCUGCAUUUCGAUCUUCGUAUCGCUGGAUUCGCCGACCUGGCGAGUCUAUACAUGAGUCUCAAUCAACAAAUGGAGGCGUACUUCAUGGCGAUUGCUGAGGAUCCAGAAAUGCCUGGCUACAAGGAGUUUGAGAAGGAAGCUUGGGCAUUCAAGCACGAUCGACUCAACGUGGAACGGCGCAUGGCGAGCUCGACUCAAUCAGGGGAAACCCUUGCGCACACCAGCAUGGGUGAGAUCAAGACGAGCGAUGUCGCACGGUUGAUGGAGCUCUUGUGGCAGAGCUCCCUGUUGCGUUAUUGGAACUUCCAGCCUGACCUCUCGGCUGCGUCGUCGUCGAAGACACCCCUGCGGAAGGCGAGCACGGACACCGUCACUUCCACUAGGAGCGACCGUACGCGCGACAGCCGGGUCUCAUGGAGGAUGAAGCUCUUUGGCAAGCGCAGCAGGCGCGCGGACUCGAAGGCCAGUGACGCUGGGCGUGAAACCAUGAAUGGUGAUGCAAGGCAUGAGACAAAGGGCAAGGAGAAGGAGCGCCUCCCACCGGUGAAGAAGAUCCCCGUUUUCUUCAUUGACGAGGCGCAUAAGUUGCCGGCGCUGAUACGCUCGGUGGACGCUAUGAAGGCGCUGCUGGAUGCCAUGUUGGUGCUCACGAAGCAGGAUCGUUUGUGUCACGUCAUACAUGCGACGAGCGAUCCAUUCUAUCAGACGUGGUUGCGGCAGCUGAACGUAAUGCAGCACUGUAAGAUCAUCACCAUUGGCGAUUAUUCGAAGGGGGACACAAGACGCUUUUUCCGGGAGAGGAUUCUACCUAUCGUCCCUGAGCCGCUCCGCUAUGGCUUGGACUUUGAACGCCUCUUUGAAGCUUUCGGAGGAAAGUUGGCACACUGGCAGGACUUUAUCACGGACUACAUCAAACAAAGCUCCCAUUUCUUGCAAGCGCAUGCGCUCCUUAACCUUCACAUCAUACAUUCGGCCCAGUCUCCCCCUCGCCCUAGUGGUUCUGGUACGGAAGGCGCUGGCGAGGCCGCGCCCGAUCCAGACACCCAUGAUGGGUCGCAGCGUGCGAUCCAUCGGCUCUCCCCUCCGCCCGGCUCGAAUAACGGGUUCCGUAUCUACUCUCCUCUUGUUAACCCCCACGCAGCACCAUCAACGUUUGGGGCCACUAACGGAGAUGGACAGGACGCGCCGGAGUUCCGUGCGGACUUCACGGCGAUACAGCUGCUGAAGGUGAUGAAUCGUCUUGCGCAGCCGGGUGCGCGUUCGCUGCCCUAUUUCCUGCUCUGCCGCGAGAUGGGUGUGCGUGCGGUGGACGGUAUGGUGCGCGGGCGGAUCCUGGACCUCAGGUGGACGGACCCGAUCACGAAGGAGGGCGUGGACGGCCGGGCAGUGAGCAUGCGUCUGCGAGACAGCACGCGGAUCCGGGACAGCGCACGGCUGCGCGAGAGUAUGCGCGUCCGGGAGAGCGUCCGCGUGCAGCUCGCGGCAGGGAGCAGCGCCACGGCAGUGAACGACUACGGCGACGUCGUGCCGUCAGAGGAGGGCGAGAUGGUACCGAUGAACGAGGACGAGCUCAUCCGGGCGAACGAGCGGUUGAUGGAUAACGGACCGGAGGAGUUCGAGGAAGACGUCGUUGGCCCGAAGCUGGUGCCCAUCACGCCAAUCAUGCGAUAUGCCAUGCGGGAGGUGGUGCAGGAGUAUUAUGACGACGACGACCAGACGGUGUCAGAGUAUGCAUCUCUCUCCGAGGUGGAGGAAUAUUGAGGUCUCAUUCCGUCCUACUGGUAUGCACCGCUUAUGUGGUCGUUUGCGUGGCGCUGGCUCGUCCUUGAAAUGAUAUGUGUAC